CCACAGAUGCACAGGGAAAACCCGAAUCCAGUGAGAAUUCACUCAAAGAUUCGUCAGCGGAAUAUCUGCGAACGUAUUCCGAGCGGAUGAAGUCGUACAUGAAUGAGAGCGUGGCGCCGUGCGAUGACUUCUAUGAGUACGCCUGCGGCAAUUGGCAGCACGUGAAGCAGGACAGGCAGUCGUCGCACAAGCGGAGCAACCUCCUCGAUAUCGGGUACACGCUGGGCGAUGUGGUCGAGCAGCUGCUGACGAGGAACUCGCUGGCUGUGGAUCUCAAUUACACCGAUGAGCUGCUGAUUGCACAACGAUUCUAUAAUGCCUGCCUCGGUGCGGAUCUGUACCCGCUGCCAGCGGCCGACCCCGCUUAUCUGGCGCUUAUCAGGUCGCUGGGUGGUUUCCCAGCUGUCGACGGUGAGGCGUGGCAGUCGGCCAACUUCAGCUGGUUCAACAUGAGCGCCCACUUGACCAACUUCGGCGUCAACGGACUCAUCCACGAGAAGAUCCUGCCCCAGUACCCCUUUGUGCCGUACUUCAAGGUGCCGGAGCUGGGCUUCGACUACAUCGUGCACAAGGACAACAUCGCCAGCAACGACACCAGAGGCUACAAGCUGAAUGAGAAGCGAAUGCGUGGCUACCUCGAGGCUUACGGUCUGCCGGAGGAGAAGGUCUCAGAGGUGAUUGCGGGGGUGUUUGCCUUCUGGCACGAUGCCCUCGUGAUCAUCGAUCGCUUCCAGGAGGAGAAAGAAUGCGAGGAGCAUGCGGAAAUGGAGGAUGUUCCCUCAUUUACGGAAUGGGGCAGCUACUAUGAGAUUGCCUGGAACAGCACCAACUUCCCCACGGAGAAUCUCGAAGAUUUCUGCGACUACUACUACGUGGAGCUGGACAAGGUGUGCGCCAAGCAUAAGCCAGCUGUGGCCAACUACUUGGCCAUGCUGCUGCUCUACCGCAUGGAUGCCAAGCUAAAGGCGGCCAAGUACCAGAAGGAGCACUGCCUGCAGGCCGUGCAGUACUCACUGCCAUAUUUAUUUGAUAGGCUCUACCGUGUGGAAUACUUCUCCGAGGACACGAGAUCAGAGAUCUCUGGCAUUAUAAAGGAGCUGCGCAAGAGCUUCCGUUUGAUGCUGGAGAACUCCGAGUGGCUGGACACGGAGACCCGAAGGGAAGCGCUGCUAAAGGAGUCCAGCAUCGAGCCGCGCAUUGGCAGCUUCAAGGAUGAUGAGCACACCGAACGCCUCGUACGAGCGGUCCAAAACCUGACCAUUGUCGAGGAUAGCUUUGCGCAGACGAACAUUAACCUGAAGCGCCUGACCACGAACAUCAGACGCUUCAAUGGACACCACUUCAGUGAGCUGUCGAAUGGCACGAAGCCUCUGGAGUUGCUGUGGAGCAUGCAGGUCAACGCCUUCUACUACAACAUUGACAAUUCCAUAUACGUGAUGGCGGGCAUACUGCAUCCACCGGCCUUUCAUCAGUUCUGGCCAAACUCCCUGAAGUAUGGCACAAUUGGCUAUCUGGUGGGGCAUGAGCUGACGCAUGGCUUCGACACGGUCGGCUCCAUGUUCGACGGCAGCGGCUCCCAGCGCAACUGGUGGUCCAAAAAGUCCAAUGCGGUGUUCAACGAGCGAGCCGAAUGCUAUGCGGAGCACUACAGCAGAUACCUCAUACCAGAGAUCAAUCGCAAGAUCAAUGGCAAUCAGACGAAGGAUGAGAAUAUUGCCGAUAGCGGCGGUCUGCAUCAGGCCCUCAGUGCCUAUCGCAGCUACAUGAAGCAACAGCAGCAGCAGCAGGACAACGAGACGUAUCCGAAUAAGAAUGAGCAGAUGCCCGGCCUCGAUCUGUCACCGGAGCAGUUGUUUUUCCUCGGCUUUGCGCAGCUCUGGUGCAAUGCCUACGAGGAGGAGCACUACUGGGAGGAGCUGUCCAACGAGCACACAAUCGACAAGUUUCGGGUCCUGGGUGCCGUCACAAAUAACGAGGAAUUUUCCAAGAUCUACAACUGUCCCGCUGGUAGUCCAAUGAAUCCUCAAGCAGACAGGUGUCGUGUGUGGUAGCCGAUUCACUGGACCGCUGAUAAGCGGAUGUGUAAUCUUUCUUUACUUAUUAACGCAUAAUUAGUUCAAUAAACGCUUGUCGCAAAACA